AUGGCUCAUCCUAAUCUCGAGGGCUUAUCGCUGCAAGAAGAGGAGGAGGGUUUCAGCUUUGACUUUGAGGAAGAAGGAGAUGAACAAGUGGAUCUAAGAUGGUGCUUGGUUGGGCGUUUUCUCUGUGAUAGGGCUAUUCAUUUUCCCUCUAUGAAAGUGAGAAUGGCAGAUUUAUGGAAGCCGCCGAAGGGGGUUACUAUUAAGGAGGCAAGACCAGGUAUUUUCUUAUUUCAUUUUGCCCAUCCAUUUGACAUGGAGGCGGUCCUCAAUGGCGGUCCUUGGACGUUUGAUAAUAAUAUGUUGAUUCUGGAACAAGUCCAAGUAGGGAUGCAGAUUGAGCACAUCCCUCUGUUUCAUGUCAAUCUAUGGGUUCAAAUCCAUAAUCUUCCGACGGGACUAAUGAAAGAGAAGGUUGGCAUACCCUUAGCUAACUACAUAGGGACUUUCUUGGAGUAUGACAAGAAUAAUAAUUCUAGCUUUUGGAGACAAUUCAUGCGUGUACGAGUCAGAGUUGAUGUUCGACAACCUCUCAGGAAGGAUACUAAAGUGAAGAACAAAGUUGGAGAAUGGUGUACUGUAAAUUUCAAGUAUGAGAAGUUGGGAAUUUUUUGCUUUCUUUGUGGUAUCUUGGGGCACACCGAAAACAGGUGUGAAGUCCGUUAUUCUAUGGAGCAAGAUGAUGGGAAGAGAGAAUGGUCAGCAGAUCUCAAAGCAGAGUUGAAAAGACAAGGAGGAAGGCUCACUUCAAGGUGGCUGAGGGAAGAGAAUGGCGGCCAGAAAGAGCAUGAAGGUGUAGAGAGAGAAGUCCGAUCAAACACUCCAGCAGCAAGUUCCAGCAUGGGCCCCACUACAGAUGACGUGGCAAGAGUCUUUCAAAAUACUCAUCCAGCGAGUAUUACCCAAGAAACCAUAACUUCUCAAGUUUUCUAA